AGGCCCCCCUUCCCACGCCCAGUGCGCUGUGGGAUAGUGGCACUAUAAAGUAUAUCCUCUCUCGGAGAAAGAUAAGAAGCCCGAGACGGGAGGGGAUGAAGAUGGCGGACGCCAAGCAAAAAAGGAACGAACAGUUGAAACGGUGGUUAGGGUCGGAGACAGACAUCGAGCCUCCUAUUCUGAAAAAGAAGAAGACGAAGGUGAAGUUCGACGAUGGCGCCGUGUUUUUGGCUGCCUGCUCAAGCGGCGAUACCGAGGAGGUGCUCCGAAUGAUUGACCGGGGUGCUGACAUCAACUACGCCAAUGUAGACGGUCUGACUGCCCUCCACCAGGCAUGCAUAGAUGACAACGUGGACAUGGUGACGUUCCUGGUGGAACAUGGGGCUGCCAUCAACCAGCCUGACAAUGAGGGCUGGAUCCCCCUCCACGCCGCAGCCUCCUGUGGAUAUAUGGACAUAGCAGAGUAUCUGAUUGGCCAGGGAGCCAGUGUGGGGGUGGUGAACAGUGAGGGGGAGACACCACUGGACAUCGCUGAGGAGGAGGCCAUGGAGGAGCUCCUGAAGAAUGAGAUCAACCGACAAGGCGUGGACAUUGAGGCGGCCAGGAAGGAGGAGGAGCGGAUCAUGCUGAGGGACGCCCGGCAGUGGCUCAACAGCGGAACCAUCAACGACGUCCGACACGCCAAGUCCGGGGGGACCGCACUCCACGUGGCCGCCGCCAAGGGUUACGCUGAGGUUUUAAAGCUUUUAAUCCAAGCAGGGUAUGAUGUAAAUAUUAAAGACUUUGACGGCUGGACCCCGCUCCACGCUGCUUCACAUUGGGGCAAAGAGGAGGCCUGCAAGAUACUGGUGGAGAAUCUGUGUGACAUGGACCUUAUCAAUAAAGUGGGUCAGACUGCUUUUGAUGUUGCAGAUGAAGAUGUCCUUGGCUACUUAGAGGAAUUACAGAAAAAGCAGAAUCUGCUCAAUAGUGAAAAGAAGGAUGUUAAGAAGUCUCCCUUGAUAGAAACGACGACCACUGGGGACAACAAUCAAAAUCUAAAAUCCAUUAAGAGCAAAGAGACCCUCUUGGAGCCCGAGAAGCCCGCCCCGCGCAUCGAGACCCUGGAACCGGAGAAGGUGGACGAGGAAGAGGAGGGCAAGAAGGACCAGGAGUCCAGCUGCUCCAGCGAGGAGGAAGAGGAGGAAGACUCUGAGUCUGAGACUGAAGCCGACAAGAGCAAGACGCCUGUCCCUGUGAGCAACAGUAACGGCACUGCUGUGGUGCCAACGCCGACCAGCGUUACGGUGUCCACCUCCCCAACCAGCCCCACUAACCAGGUGACUCUCACCUCGCCUGUCAAGAAGUCUGAUUAUAUUACUGCCCUCAUGCCUGUGGCGGAGCCAAGCUGUCCUGCAUUGUGGCGUCAAGGCUUGCGCAAAACUGGCAUUUCUCUUGUGCCCAAAAAACCCAUGGUGGCCCAGCAGGUGUCCCCUGCCGGUAAGGUCUCUCCUAAAGAGGUCUCCCCUAAAGAUAAACAGGAGGAUGACAAGACUAAGAAAUCGGACGAGUCCCCGGCGUCGUGGCGCCUGGGUCUGAGGAAGACGGGCAGCUACGGGGCGCUGGCGGAGAUCACGGCCACUAAGGAGGCCCAGAAGGAGAAGGACACGGCCGGGGUGAUGCGCUCGGCCUCCAGCCCCCGCCUCUCCUCCUCCCUGGACAACAAGGACAAAGAGAAGGAAAAAGACAAAGGAACCAGACUUGCCUACGUUGCCCCCACCAUCCCCAGGAGACUGGCCAGUACAUCAGACAUUGACGAGAAGGAGAACAGGGACUCUGCUGCUAGUCUGGUACGUAGCGGCUCCUACACCAGGAGACGCUGGGACGAUGAGCUGAAGAACAGUGAAGGAAGCGCUUCCACCAAUCGAACAACACCCAGCUAUCAGCGCAGCACGUCCCACACGCUAACGCUAGGGCGGAGCGGCAGCACGCGGGACGUGCCAGCCAAGUCCUCUUCUGCCUCCAGCUUGGACCCUAUCACCUGUAACACUAAACCCUGGCAGUCGCCCACCUCCCACUACCAGUCUUACAGCAUUUACCGCAGUGGUUCCUUUGGCAGGAGGCACGAGGACCUGGGUUCGACCACCUCUUCCUCCACUAGCACCACCACCACCUCGUCUGUUACCUCGCCCACCGGCCACCGUGACCGCAGCCUGCUCUCCAGCCUGGGCUCCUCCACCCGCACCGGAUCCUCCAGCCUCACCAGCAGGUACUGGGCAGAGGAGAGUGCGGAGAGGGAAAAGGAGCGGGAGAAGGAGUCUGCUGCAGUCAUCCCUACGAUUAACACUGGUUCCACCACCACGUCCACUACUGGCACGAUCAUUGGCUCUGACGGCAGGGAGAGACGCAGGUCCGACACGCGCACAUCGUACCUCACGCCUGUUAGGGAUGAAGAGUCGGAGUCCCAGAGGAAAGCCCGCUCCAGACAGGCUAGACAGUCCAGACGGUCUACCCAGGGUGUGACUCUGACUGACCUCCAAGAGGCAGAGAAGACCAUCGGCAGGAGCCGCCCCACACGGACCCGGGAGGAGGAGAAGGAAGAGAAGGAGAAACAAGACAAGGAGAAGCAGGAGGAGAAGGAGACUGGUGAGACCAAGGAGGACGACUACCGGUCGAGGUACCGCAGCUUCGAAGAGACUUACCAGCGCUACCGUCCCUCCACCACCUCGACCACCUCCACCCUGAGCACGGCCUCCACACCGUCCUCCACCACCUCCAGCUCCCUCAACAGGCCCAACAGCCUGAGCAGCAUCACUUCCUCCUCCAGCUCCCUCAACAGGCCCAACAGCCUGACGGGCAUCACCUCUUCCUACAGCCGCUCCUCCAGGGACACUGAGAAAGAAUCCGACAAGAAGCAGCAGGAGGAGGAGAAGGAGGGAGAGGAUAAGUCCCAGCCCCGCUCCAUACGUGAUCGCCGGCGGCCCCGUGAGAAGAGACGCUCCACCGGGGUGUCUUUCUGGACCCAAGAUGGGAGUGAUGACAAUGACCCAGACCAGUCGGCGGACUCCGAGGAAGGCAGCAUCAAGGGUGAACCUCAGAGCGACCGACUGUCCAGGAAUGAGAGCAGCACUUCCUCUUCUGACCGCUAUGACCACCUGGGUAGCCGUGGCGAGGGUCGCAGGUCAUUCUCAAGCAGGCUGGACCGAGACGAUAGCACUGACUACAAGAAGCUUUAUGAGCAGAUCCUAGCUGAGAAUGAGAAGCUGAAGUCCCAGUUACGUGACACAGACCUGCAGCUGAAUGACUUGAAGCUACAGCUGGAGAAGGCCACACAGAGGCAGGAGCGCUUUGCUGACCGGUCGCAGCUUGAGAUGGAGAAAAGGGAAAGAAGAGCUCUAGAAAGGAAGAUCUCUGAGAUGGAGGAGGAACUCAAGAACCUCCCAGAGGUAAAGCAGGUUCAGGCCCUGCGUCAGGUCAAGGAGCGGCUGCAGGCAGAGAACAGGGCCCUGGCCCGCGUGGUGGUCAAGCUCUCCCAGUCAGCCUGCAGCCAGCUGCCCCCCUCCGUGGACCUGUAGCCCUGCCCAACCACUCCUCCUCACCCCCUCACCCUCCCUUCUCAUGCUCCAUUCGUGCUCCGACCUCACCCAUAGACAGGCAGGUCCCCAGCCGCCCAACUACAAGGUUAUCUCCCCCUACCUCCCCUGUCAUCUCUGGUUUUCAUAUUGGGGAGUGUGUUUUGACUGGGCACUUUCCAUUUGCAGUACCUAUAGUUAAAUGUUAUUUUCAGUCAGGUAAGUAUCAAUUCAGGUGUUCAUUUUCAAAUAAGCAAAUAUACAACUUUAUUGUUAGUGUAGCACCUGAAUAUUGGACUACAUGAUUAGGUCUUUAUUCAAUUGAUUUUACUAGAUAAUUUGAUAUACUGUAAAGGAGAGUGCCCCAUUUUGUUAUUUUCCCCCAGUGUGCAGUCUUGAAGUCUUUAUCAGGGAGUGCCGCUGUUUCGUUCGGCUGGUUUCUGGCUUUGCAUGACAUGGCUUCCUUUUAGCGUCAAAUGGCGGACAUGUUUUUUUUUAUGGAGGACGGACACAUUUCCUUUCCCCUCAGUGUCUUUCUCCAGUCCCACCCCCAUUUCAAUUGAGUCUUUAUAGAUGACAUCAACCCAGCUUUGAGACUGGGUCACCCCAAUACUGCAGGUUUCCACUUGGUCUUAUUUAAUUUCCCAGUGACCUAGACAUAUUAAUUUGUCUCUUGCUCAUGAUUUCAAUUUCCAUUACAUGCCAUAAGAAGCUCCGGUUGGUUGAUUGUCAUCUGUAAUAUAAUGCCUUUAUAGUUUUGCGGUGAACAGUUUUACGUUUUGCUCUUGAUGUUCAGUUGUUUCCUAUGUGAAUGCUGAAGUGUUUCAAGAGGGACUGGGCAAUCUGCCAUGGUUGCACUGCCCCAGGCAAUGCUGGACUGCAUGGCUUCAUGAAUCUGCUUAGCCCAGUAUGGAUUUAAUUGAUAUUGAGGGAAUUAUAUUUGGGUAUGAAAAUCUGUGACUCAUUGUGAUUAGUUAUGUUUUAAUUUGUCAAACAAACUGGGUAGUAUUUCGUAGUUCUCUCGUAAUAUUACCCACUUAAUCCACAACACUUUGGCACCACACUGAUGACUAGUCAAAGUUUCUAUUUCAGACUAAACUCACAAAAUGUGAACAAGAUGACAGGCAGUGGUGUAGUUAUGUUGGUGAAUAACAUAACUACUGGCAUUGUAUUAAGGCAGAGAUGUAGUAAUGCCAUUUUUCAUAUAGCAGUUAGUUUGGAAAUUUGGUUCAGGGCAGAAAUGGGUAUUGGGUGGGUACUGACUGCGAGAUGGCGUUAGCUUUACAUUUGAUAAGUCUACCUCAGAUAGAAAAACUGAACAAUUGCAGAGGCAUUAUUUGAUGCUGCAACAGUUUGAGUUGUCGUCAUGCAUUUUUUUAAAGUCCUGUAUGCUUCAAACAAAGGUGCACUGUUUGUGCUGCCAGGAUUUAUGCUGUGUAUUUGACGAGUGUGUUGUAUUCCUGGCUGCCAGUGGAGCCGCCUGUUCUGCAUGGCUAUUUAGCAGAAACUUUGGACUGGGGUGUGCUUGCUCCAUUCUCAGCAAAGAAUAUAAAGAAAAUGGGGAAAAAAGUGGUUGAGACUGGCUUGUCAAAGAUGCUGAUGACACACACUGCAAUUAACAGUUUCUGGAACUGGGCUGACUGGUAAACCUCAACGUGUCUCUAUGGCGACGUGUCUCUAAGCCCAUUUCCCCCUCUCUUUUUGUUCUC